GUCAAUGGCAGCAUUUAGAGAGUCGUUAUUCACUUUUUGUAACUGUACCAUACAUCACGGAAUAUUUGAUUCUUACUUUGACUUUCCCUAUAAGAUUCGGAUGCUCGGGCACGAAUACAAGCAAUUAAACCUCCACCUGAUAUAUUGAUAUCUUUGCCCAUCACAGCCAAACUAGCCUCGUCCUUACCCUUCCCAGCGCAGCGCCCUUCGUAACACCUCCAGGGAUCCAAGUCGAUAAUCAGGCACAAGGACAACCAAAAAACAUUGCCAAAACCUUGGUUUGGCAUAGACACAGGCAAAGGCAUCGCAUAGUUGUACUACAGCAUUUUCACAGCAAUUGCUCACUGCCAAACACUGCUCAGCAGCUAUAACGACUCGAGCACAGCUGCGAUAUCUGCAUGUGGCCGUGGCCAAAACAGCCCAAGCAGAAGCGAAUCCAUCGCCAGACCUGCCCAGUGCCAGAUAGAUAUUAUACGAUACCCACGCAAGGCCCGCCCAAGGACCUUUGCCGGCCAAACACCACAGGCGCAGGCGCAAAACCGCGCUUCUCCAGUGCUUCCUUCAGUGCUUCGCUAUGGUACCAACACCAGUACAAGCUGUUGCAAGCACCAAGUAUUCAUAGGCUCCACACCAGCACCCAAUCCACCUAAUCUCGACUUUGCAGUGCACUGGGCGCUGCUGUGGCUGAACGGUGGUCGCGGUACCCGCAGAGCCACCCCUGAAAAUCCUUGGCAACAAACCAAAGCCAGGCGAGCCUGCUGCAACAACCUUAACCUCGCAAAACACCAACCACCAACUACCAACCUCCAACCUCACACUCAUUUGAUCCUCAUCCGCCAGCAGGUCGACCAUCGCCAGCGCCGACAGACCUCUCCCUUCCCCCUCCCCACCGUCGCAGACGAGCCUUUACGGCAACUCCAUCAUCUUCAUUCAUUCACACUGUCUGCCGCAACUGUACCACCGCCAGAUAUGGCGAAGUAAGUACCCCUUUCUCAACUUCCGCUACUCGCUCCUGCGCCGCGCACGAGUCUCCAGUGUCGACCACCAUUCGAUCUUUGCUUGCUAACAUUCUUGCUGCCAGUAAUUUGGGCUCUGCCUUCAAGUCAUUCUGGCAUACGAUGACCAGUUAUGAUCGACGUACGUUUGUUACAUGUCCCGUCGAAUUUUGGCGCCGUCUGACCAAGUAAACAGAUUCUUCCUACGACUCUCCCUACCAAACCGGCCAACAUGUACCACUUGCACAGAGUCGCCAUGCCCCUUUGACCUCUGUAGCAACCACUGCAUCCGAAUCCCGCGCAGAUGUGAGUUCUCCUUACUAUGAAGACUCCGCCGGAAGACGUUCCACAUCGGCAUUGAACGGCGGCGGUUAUCCGAGCUCCCCAGGCGCAAUGCCACACAGUCCUGGGCCUUCGCCAUACUCCCCUGGCAUGAGGUCACAGACUGCUCUCCAAAGAUCCAACACAAAUGAGAAUUUCGAGAAUGUUACACCUGGCGAGAUCCAAUUGCAGGCAUUUCAAGAAGGAUUACCUCCACCGCCGCCUGUAAGCCAUUCGUGGAAGCGAAUCGAUAGAUGGGCCGAGGAAAAUUAUGAGGAGCUCUUUGACCAGCUAUGUGAGGGAUGCACAAAUAAUGAUUUAAAUGAAUUGGAACAUCAAUUGGACUGCUCGCUUCCUAUGGAGGUCAGAGAAUCAUUACAGCACCACGACGGACAAGAAAGAGGUGGUCUCCCAACUGGUAUCAUCUUUGGCUCUAUGUUGUUGGAUUGCGAAGAGAUGGUCCAAGAAUGGGAAAAUUGGAAAAAGGUCAAUCAGGAAUACCUUAGUCAACCAGUCAACUUCAAGCCCGCUACACCAUUAAAAGCCUUUGGCGGCAGCGCUUCUUCUUCUUCGAAACCACCACCUCAGCAACCUGGAAACCCCAAUUGGAGACAAGAACUUCUCGCUCGUCAAGACUCACAACCUCCUAACGCUAUCCAGAAGGUCUACGCUCAUCCAGCCUGGAUCCCCAUGGUUCGCGAUUGGGGUGGAAACAAUCUCGCGGUCGAUUUGGCGCCUGGACCUGCCGGGAAAUGGGGACAGGUUAUCCUCUUUGGGCGCGAUUACGACUGCAAAUAUGUGGUCGCUCGCUCGUGGUCUGCCUUUCUGGCUACCGUUGCCGAUGAUCUAGGAAGUGGUAAAUGGUUUGUGGAUGAGGAUACUAAUGAGCUGAAAUUGAGAGAAUUCAAGAGUGGCAAGGUUGAACCUGGAUACUUGGAUAUCUUGAGAUGGAGAAUGGACCAAAAAUACGGACGCCGGGCAGUGAACAAACGUCGGUCUGUAGUACCACAAGGAGCCGGUCCAUCAGCGGUAUCGCCAGGUGGCUCGCCAUAUGCCAGCCCAACAGCUGAGGUAGGAGGAGAACCUCGUGGACGUUCCAUGCAACGAUUUGGCGGUGCCUCACCCGUCGCAAGUCCAAACCGUCCAAACUAUGGGAAAUCAAGUCCCCUAGCCAGAGUGACCGAAGAGAGCGCAGCGAGGCCUUCAAAGAUCAAGUCGAUGAACUUGCCUGCGGAGAAACUGGUCGAAGUAGAAACACCACGACCUAGCGAGGACCAGAAGGGGAACAAGACGACGGACACACUGCUCCCUGCUUCUCCAGCGCUAAGCUCCGACAAGGAAGAUAGAAAAGCCAGCGAGGCUAGCCCUACUGGUCUUGGGGUUACAAGUGGCACUGCAAAGAAGCCCGAAGUCGACGAUGAUACUACGAUGAAGACGAUUGAGAUAUAAGAGUUUGGUCUUUGUUCCUACAGAUAACGCGUUCAGCACAUGGAUCGAGGCGUUAUCGGCGCGUAUAUUGAGGGAAGCGUUGUCUCCCAGCGAAAAUCUGGCAUAAUGAAAUGGCUCAACGCAAUUGCAUGGGUGGUUACUCUUGUCUAUCUGUCAUCUUUUUCAGCAACACGAAUGACAACCAUCAUCUUUGUCUAGGAGAUGAGGCGUAAUUGAAUUCCUAUUAGCGCAUAUAUCAAGGGAAGAGGGGGUUGAAACAUGGCCAAGAUGAUUCCGAAGCCUUUCUAUAUGCUCAGAUCUUUCUAUUCUCGAAGCCGCAGGUUAAGCAGCAUCCGCGUAGCUCGGCUCCUAUUUUCACUUUCUUGCAGGUUCUUGCUUCAUGGUGGUUUUUGCUGAGGAAGACCUCCAUAAUUGUACAAUUAAAUUCGUAAAGGGUGAGGCCCCGGGUUGUGUUUGUCUUUUUCCAGUUUUCCAAUUCUUUUUUGUUUUCUAUUUUGGAGAGACUGAGAGUGAUGAGCAGCGAUGGUGGAAGGUAAGUAGUUGAGGGAAUGAAAUGGGGACAAGUGUAUGUACAUGAGAUGAAGAAUGGGAUCGUUUGGAGAUGUAGGCUGAAGAGAAUACCUACGCCUUCUUACUUUGUGUUAAUCUUUUUCCUCAUGGCACAUUGGCAUCUGUUUGAACUGUCGAUUGGUGAGAGGUGUAUAUGGGGAUUGCUAAUGUAGAGAUGAGUGGAGCGUGUGAUGGCAGGUGGUAAUGAUAGUGGUAGAUAGCUACCGAAAUAUAGGGCAC